AUAAUUUUGGCGGUAAUUUUGAAAAUUUGUUCUUUCGAUGUAUUCUACUGUAAUAUUAUUAACAAAUAUGAAGCAACACACUCAAUUGAAAAUACAAUUAGAAAACGUCCUAGCAAAAAACAGCUCCUUUUAUAGACAGACAAAUUGGAAGAAUCAGUUAACAAAAUCCCUUCUUUUCUUCUGGGCAAAUAAAAAAUAAUUUGAGUCAUACAAUAUCAGUAUGUCUAGUUGAACAAUCAGACGUCGAUUAAAUGAAUAAAACUUGCAUGGAUAUUUUUCAGUAAAGAAACCGUUGGUAUAAAAUAAAAAUAUUCGAACAAGACUAAAGUUUGCACAAAAAUGUAUUAAUCAUCCUCCAUAAUCUUAGUAAAGAGUACUUUAGAGUGAAAAAUCCAACUUCAAGGCAAUAGGAUCAGAUGGUUCGUAGUCUUCCAAAUAAAUGUUAUCUAUAGAGAUACACAACAAAGACUUUAAAAUACGGUGGAGGAAACAUUAUGACUGGGUGUUCCUUUAUUCAGAAUUUUAUAGGACCAUUACAGAAAAUUAUUGGUAGAAUGGACCGUUUUAAGUAUAGAAAUAUCAUGAGAGAUGUAAUGGAGUUUUUUAUGCACGAUAAUGAUUCGAAGAUAUGUCCAAAGUUGUUCAAAAUUGGUGGAAGUGCAGAUUUAAAUUCAAUUGAAAACAUAUGGUCUCUAUUAAAAUACCAAAGUAUAAUAUAUGGAAUAUAUUACAAUAUUUUUACCCAUGGGGCUGGUAAUUUUUCUAAUUUUGACUCCAGUCCUUGAACAAAUAUAUGGUUUAGAACUUUUUUGUAUUGCAUCACAGGUUUAAAAAGUAUUUAAAGAAAAUAAUCCCUUCCCAUUCACAUGAAGUCAGUGAAGGAAUUUAAUAAAUUUUAGCCUCAUUGGCUCACAACUCCCAAACAAUUAGUAUUUGAGAAUCUGAGAGUAGGCUCAUUUUCCUAAAGCAAAUUUCGGGGACAGAAAGGCCGUGUUUAUCAAAUAAUCAUAUGUAAAAAAGAUAUUUUUUGGUAAAAUUUUUCCUCAUAAUUUGUCCCUUCGCUGAGUUUUGCUGUAAAUUCAACACAUCUAACGGAUCUUGUAUCAGAAUUUAAGAUGUUUAAAUACUAAUAAGUGUACACAUAUUGAAAUAACAUUAAAAAUAGCUUGUAAAAGUGGGAACUAGAAAUUUUCUCAUUGUUACCAUAAUUUUAUAGGGCAUUCGAAUGAUUUAUUAUUAGCCAAGUUAUCGAAAAAUGUGAAGGUAACAAAAUAAAGUGAAGAUAUGGAGCUUAUAAAUUAUGUGCAUGGACAAUAUUAUGUUAAAUAUGAACUAAUUAUACAAAUUGUAUUGUAGCUGCAUUCAAUAUUAAUUCUACGCUAUUUAUACAUUGGUAGGUGUAAAUUUAUUCAAUAUAUUAUUGUAGAAUGUACAUAUAUAAUAUAAACUUAAAUAAGAUAAAGAAAAUUGCAAGCACAAUAUUAUAUGUAAGCUAGAACAUGGGUGUGACAAAAGAAUCAAGAAAAAAACAUCCCAGGGAGACUGCAGGUGUUUUAUCCCUGCUUUUUUAUGGUUAUGUUUUAAAAAUCUAUUACAAAGCGUUUAAAAAGGACUUUACUGAAAAUGAUAUGUAUAGACUUCCACCAGCAUUUGAAAUUAAAAAAUGUGGAGGAGAGCUAGAGCAAACAAUAAAAUUAAAUAAAACGACUUUUAAGAACACUUCAAUAUUGAGCUAUCUCGGGUAUAAGUUCGGUGCCGGUUAUUUUAUUUCAGCAGUUCCAUAUAUUCUUAUAAAAUUUGUUCGAAGUAUUUAUGAACCAGAAUUAAUUAGUAACUAUAUAUCAUAUUUUAAAGAGGGACAAACUGAGUUAACGAUGUACGAUGCACUUUACUACAGUUCAGCUUUAUUUGGGAUUAUGUGGCUGUAUUCGUUUAUUAUGGGACAGUAUUACAUCCUUAUAGUAGACAUGGGGUUAAAAAUUAGAACUUCAGUUGUUUCGUUAAUUUAUAAAAAAUCUUUGAAGUUGUCUCAUAUCACAUUGAAGGAAAUGGGAGUUGGUUACAUAGUUACUCUCAUGACAAAGGAUGUGUCUAUUUUGGAGAACACUGUAAAGUGGUCGUUGGACCUCUUCGUUUCCAUAAUACAGAUUAUAACAACUAUUUCGAUGUUGUACUUCAAAAUGGGGCCGAUUUCUCUGAUCGGAAUUGUGUUUCUUUUCAUAUCCAUACUAUUAAAAAUUAUGGUUGGUAAAUUUAUUCGGACAAUUCGUGUGAAAAUUGAUAACGUCGCCAGCGAAAGAAUUAAAGUUACAAAAGAAGCACUCGCCUCUUUAAAAGUAAUAAAAAUGUUAUGCUGGCAAAACUUCUUUUUCAAUAAAAUUGUCAAGCUAAGACAAGUCGAAGUAAUAUAUAUGAUUAAAGACGCAUAUCUUAAAUCUAUGAUAACGGUUAUGGGAAUUUUAUCUCCAGACAUAACUAUCUUCAUACUCGUGAUGUCCUGCAUAUGGCUGGGCUAUCCUUUGAAUACUGAGUUGCUCUUUUAUAUAAUUAAUUGUGUAAGAUCUAUUAGAGUGUUGAUAACAUUUAUAUUGCCACGGUCGAUAGGAAUGACAGCUGAUAUGUUGGGAUGCAUAAAGAGAAUUAAUAGAUUACUACAUGCACAAGAACUGCCAACAAGACACGACCAGUUUUCAGAUAAUCCUAAAGUGUUGUUAAAAAAUGUAAAUGUUCAAGUUGACAACAAAUUAUUACUUUCUCGUGUGUCACUUAUUAUCAGACCUGGACUUACCACAAUUAUAGGCCCAAGUGGAUCGGGAAAGUCCACCUUGUUACUGACAAUAUUACAGGAAUAUUCUCAUACAGGAAACAUUGUAACGAACGGAAGAAUAUCGUACGCCAGCCAAAGUCCUUGGCUCUUUCCGGCGACCAUCAAAGACAACAUCCUAUUUGAGGAGGAAUAUGACUGCAAACGAUACAACGAGGUUAUACGUAUAUGUCGGUUGCAAGACGACUUCGAUUGCUUCGAAGAUGGUGACGAAUCUGUCGUCGUCAACGGUGGCUUCAACUUAAGCAAAGGCCAACAAAGCAGAAUAGGUUUAGCCAGAGCUCUUUACAAAGACAGUGAAAUCUAUUUGUUGGACGACUGUCUCUCCGUGUUGGAUAUGGCAACAGAAAGUCGUAUACGUGAAGGGUUGAAGACUUUCUUUCAAGAUCGUAUCGGCUUAAUCGUGACACAAAGCAGUGACUUUGUUAGCUACUCUGAUAAUGUUGUGGUCUUAGAAGAGGGGAGGGUUAAAUACUUUGGACAUUCAAGUAAUAUUGAACCUAGUGACUUAAAUUUUGUUCAAAAACCAAAGAGUAACAAAGAUGAUUUGGAAAAAUUGGACGUGCCAACAGAAACACUGAGUGAAACACCUGACGAAAAUGAUAGUCUGUUAGAAAAGAAACAAUUAUACGUCGAAGAACAAAAAGUUGGUUUUGUACCCCUAAGAGUAUACAUCAGAUAUUUGAAAUUUGGUCGAGGCUAUUUUAUGUUUAUAUUUAUUUUGUCCUUGUUUAUAGUCAGCCAGUUUGCCAAUACUUUUUCAACAAAAACUUUAACAAAAUGGAUUGAUUUGGAACACAAAAAAUUAUUAUACGUAGGAAAUUCGACUAAAUAUAGCGAAGCUGCCGUAACAUCUAUGAGCACAAUUCAACUAUACGUUGGUUUAAUAUUGACAAGUAUUAUAUUAACUCUGUUAAAAAUUUAUAUGUAUUAUGAUUUUACAAAAUUAGCCUCAAUUAAAAUAAACAAAGAACUGACACUCAAAAUAUUUAACAGUACUCUAACAUUUAUAGACACUCAUUUGCUAGGAAGUAUACUUAACAGAUUUUCACAAGAUAUGAACAACAUGGAUGAACAUUUACCUCUAGUCGUUUUGGAACUCACCAUGAUAUCUUUCUCACUAUGUGGAAUUGUCAUCAUUAUAUGCAUAGUACACUGGAAACUUCUGAUACCCACAGCUGCACUGUUUGCUGUUCUCCUGUUCCUUCGCAAUGCUUUUAUGCCUGCGGGACGUAGCUUGAAGAGACUGGAAACGUCAAUCAGGAGUCCCUUCAUUGGCCACAUCAAUGCCACCCUUGAGGGGUUGGGAACAAUACGAGCGCAUGGAGUUCAAAUGCAGCAAAAUGAAACUUUUGAGCAAUACUAUGAUGCCUACAACUCCGUAUGGUUUACUCUUUUAAUGUGUUCCUACGGACACAUGUUUUUUAUGGAUGUUGUUUGUCAUGUUUUUGUUAUGGGGAUGAUUUGGGGAUUUUUGUUCGUUCUAACAGGUAUUUCAGCAGGAAGCGUAGGUUUGGCGAUAGUGCAAUUGUUUUCUAUAAGGAACAACGUAGCUAUAACUCUGAGGUCCUUCACGGAAAUGGAGAUACUGAUGACAUCACUUGAACGCAUCCUGGAGUACACCGAACAAGAACAAGAAGAUACAAAAGGCCUGGUGAUUGAAGACUGGCCUAAGAAUGGUGCCAUUAAAUUUAAUAACGUUACUCUGUCGUAUGCUCAUAGUCAACAAGUUUUGAAAAAUGUUAAUUUUGAAAUAAAGCCCGGAGAAAAGGUGGGAAUAAUUGGAAGAACUGGUUCGGGUAAAUCAUCGUUGGUGUCUCUUCUUUUGAAAUUGUACGAUUAUCAAGGUACAAUAUUGAUUGACAACGUGGAUAUUAAAACAGUAUCAAUGGAAUACUUAAGAAAGCGUAUAGACUUUAUACCACAAGAUCCCGUCUUGUUUUCCGACAAUUUAAGGAGCAACAUUGACCCACUGAACGAGCACAGCGACGACGAAAUUUGGACGGUCAUCUCCAAAUUAAAAAUUAAACGUUUGAUACCAAAUCUGUAUGAUUCGGCAGAUUCCUACUCAUUUAGCUGUGGCGAAAAACAUUUGAUAUGCCUAGCUAGAGCCAUGAUAAGAAAAAAUAAAAUACUUAUCAUGGAUGAACCCACGGCACAUCUGGACUUAGACACGGAGCAGUUUUUGAUGAAUGUUAUCAAUGAGCAUUUCUCGACUUAUACGAUAAUAAAUAUAUCACAUAAGAUGCACUGUUUUAAGGGGUACGAUAGGGUGUUCAAGAUAGAAAAUAAAAUGUUAAGCGAGUGUGAAAUAAAGUAAUAAGUUUGAUACCGUAAUAAAAUUAACUGUUUACAUUG